UAUAUUACAGUAUGGUUGCACAUUUUGAUGAUUCAUUUCCCCCAAAUUGGCUUUAUUAUAUUGUUUGGAUUAUUUUACGAUAACCAGGUGAUUCAAAUAGCUGCUGUAAAGCUCCUGCUUGACUGUGCAAUAAGCAAUAUCGUUAUACAGGCAUGAUCAAAGAGAUGUGAAAUGCCUCACACCUCAUGGAUGAUGCAAGAUGACUGAGUCAGCUGGUAUAUCCUUUUUGGCACCCAUUGUCUGUCUGCUCCAUUUAAUUGCUUCAGUGGCAUCCAUACCAUGUUACCAUGGUAAUACAACAUCAGUGUGCGUGGUUGUUGAGACGCCAGUUUGCAUGACAGCUGAGGUGACUUUCAACUAUACAUCCCAAGUGUUUACCAACAGCACGUACAACCAGUCGGUAAUACAGGAGCAGCUGAAGUACUGGGAACAUUUGAGACUGGUUCCCGAGUGCUGGAAGCUUAUUCAACCCUUUCUGUGCUCAGUCUACCUGCCCAAAUGUGAAAAUGACAAACAAGAGGUUGAGCGACCAAACAAAGAGUUGUGUGAACGGGUGAAAACCCCGUGCGAAGUGGUAAAGAGAUACACUGGAAAGUGGCCGUGGUUUUUAGACUGUGAUCAAUGGUUCUAUGCAGAAAGUUGUGGGCAAACCUUCUAUGAGACCACAACAUUCAACACGGAAGGUGAAUGCAGUGGUCCCCUCACAAAGACUGACAAUGAGGCCAUAUGGUAUGACAAAAUCAAGGGGUGUGGUCAGCAAUGUGAGAGCGCCCUCUACACUACAUCGGAACACAGAGUUGCCUACAUUCUGAUCGCUAUCAUGGCAGCUGUGUGCCUUCUCUGCUCCAUUUUUACGCUGCUGACGUUUGUUCUGAACUGGAAAGUGGGGCGCAAAUACCCAGAAGUGAUUCUCUUCUACAUUAACGGCUGCUUCUGCCUAGCAACCAUUGGCUGGCUCGUGCGUUACAUCGUUGGAAAGGACGUGGUGUGUCGAAUGGAUGGUACUGUCCGGAAAGGAGAGCCGCUGAUUGGUUCUGGUGAGACAGCCUCCUGUACAAUCGUGUUCCUGUUUGUGUACUACUUCACCAUGGCUGCGGCCACCUGGUAUGUCAUGUUGGCCAUCAGCUGGGACAUCAAAUUCAAGGCCCUAGGUACGGCAAGGAAUGACCUGACCAAGAAGACAGCUUAUUUCCACAUCAUUAGCUGGUGCCUCCCACUUGUUCUCACCAUUAUAUGCCUGUCAACGUCCGUGAUUGAUGCUGACUCUCUGAGUGGGGUUUGCUACCCGGGUUCCAACAACGUCUGGGUUAGAUUUGGCUACGUCCUGGUUCCAAUACUGAUAGCCCUAAUUGUGGGAGCUGUUUACUCCAUUAGAGGACUCAAGACGUUAAUAGAGUUUAAGAAAGAAUCUCCACCCUUUGUUGGUCAAAAAGCUACUUCAAAAAUACAUGAUACAAUUAUUCGAUUAGGCAUUUUUGUUGCACUGACAUUCGUACUGGUGGUGGUGACAUUGAGUGUGCACGUGUACAAGUUUGUGAACACUCACACCUGGGAUGACAGUCUACUGCAGUACACAUAUUGCAAAGCAAACGUCUCAGUGAUCCAGAUCAUGGAUGGUGCAGCUGAAAGCUCCUGUGUUAUGAAGACUAAGCCAAGCAUAGUGGCAGCCAUAUUUAAUUUUGGUGCAUUUUUUGGCGCCAGUAUGCUGUUCAGCUCUUGGUCGUGGACAAGGACUUCUGUUGACGUCUGGAGGAGAGCAUUUAGACGUCUGUGCAACAAACCAGUCAAUGAGCCUCAGACGACGAGGAAACACAGGAUUGUAGCUAGACGCUCCAAGCGACAGAAGCAGAGACAGAAUGAGCGCCUGUCGAUCAAUUACGGGACUGAUCCCAAUGAUCCUGUUGGACUGAGGUUUGACCGCAGCAGUGCCAGCUCCCAUUCCAUGUCAUCAGGCUAUACGGUAUCCAUACCGAAACAUGGCCGCAGAACGAGGGGCGUCAAGAAUAUGCACCAUCAUCGCUCACGCAGGGCCACAUCCGACUCAGAUGGAAUGUCACAAGGUUCACGAAAAGGGUCAUCCAAGGCAUCCCAUCGCAGGUCGUAUGAGUCAAGUAUGAGCCAGAAACUAAGUGAUAUUGAAAGAGAAAUUCGGGAGGAGGAGCGUCGUAAGAGGAGAAAAAGAAAAGGUGAUAGGCGGAAAAAAUUUAAUUCGCGGGUUCAGCCAAUUUUUGAGCCAAUAUCAAAUAAUGUGCUGAAAAUGAAUUCCUAUCAAAUGAAAAAUUUUAUGAACAGAAGAAGACGUAAGAGUGAUUCUUCUGAUAUAAGUAUGGGUUCUGGGCUAAAUGGUUUUCCUUUUGGCCCUAAUAAAAAUCACCAAGAUGUUCAGAGCAACGGACACAUGCAAUCAAAUAUUUCUGAGUCAAAUAGCAUUUCAGAAAUUGAGCUACCUCAAGCCCAACCUAAGCUGCCAGAUUUUUCUAUUUUCACUGCCAAAUGCGAACUGCCUUCUUCAGAAAACAUGCAAACGGAUACCAAUACAAAGUCAAAUUAUGAACAAGUGAAGGGGGACAAUUCAACAUCCAACACUGCCAAUUUCAAAGGAGCUAAUCCCUCUCCAAGUGGUAGCUUUAGAAGAGGCCGUCGUCGGGAGGUGAAACUUGAAAUGACGGAAACCAGUUUUUACCAGGAAGACGAGGACAAAAUUGAAAUGGGAGGUAAUCAGGUCAUUCAUGCUGAAGAGAACUGCAAAGAAACAGGGGAGGUCACCAAUCUGCAGGAGUUAGGUCCCUUGGUGAAUGAAAUAUUUGCACAAGCUAGAGCCAGUGCAGGUGCUGGAAGAAAUUCGGGGCAGAAAGAUCUAAUGGGCAGUAGUAGACUAGGGUCUGCAUCGAGCAGGGGUAGUAAAGGAAGCCAAGGAAAUGCGAGGGACUUCAAGUAUGCGAAUACAAAAGUUAACCUCCCUCCUGAGGUACCUAGAAAUGACACAGAAAAGGCCUCAAGAAAGAGACCAUUCUCUGGUGACUAUGUAUUGACUGCAAAACGCAAUACAGCGAAGAGAGAGCAUGAAACACGGAAAUCCCAGUCUCAGCCAAACAGCAGAGUGUCUUCUGCAACUUCAAAUCAUAAACAACAGAUUGGGCAUAAUGGGAAAAUGAACUUUUAUGAUGGUCAAAGUUGGUCGCGGUUUUUAAACAACAAAGGAUAUUGUGCCGGUGAUUUUUUUGGUCCUAUAGGUAACCAACCUGAUGUGGUAACAAACUAUCACUCAAAUAGCUUUUUUUCCUCUCCUGCCAAUUAUUUUCAAUUGAAUCCUAUAGACUUUUAUCCUGCACAUCAGGGUCCCUUCCCUGGUCAGUUGCAGUUAACAGAGAAAGGUCAUGCCAUAUCUAAUGGACACUCAGAAAGUAUCAGUGGAUGUGGAGCCAGUACUGGCUUCAAUCUAGCCGAUAAAAGUACAUUUGGUGAUAAACCGCAAUACUCACCAAGACCUUACACUAACCCAUACAGAAAUCUCGAACACCAAGCUGCAGCUAUGGAUAAGGAAUCUAAUUUGCAAGCGACUAUAGACCUUCCAGAAGUUACUAAUGCUGGUAAACAAUAUGUGGGCAAAAGACCUAAUAUAAAGGAAAAAAGAAAGUACCAAGACCUAGCUGAAGGUGAUGUGUUAGGAAAUGAGCCUGAUGUACCGUUUGCAAUCACUUCUGGGAAUAGUUCUAGUGCUGAUCAAUGUUAUAUUCUGAGACCUUAUACAAAUCCAUACAGAAAACAGGGUGAUCCUACCCUUCAUGAGGAUGUGUCUAAAAUACCAGGUGUAGAAAGGACAGAUAAUAAAGAUAUCAAUAGAACAACGGAGGUUAAUGUCUUGAAUAUUGAGCAGGAGCAAAAGGAAGAAAUGCUCAAUCAGAGGCCUUACACGAAUCCAUACCGAAAGCAUAGGGGCCCGUCAUUAGAGAAUUCUGACAUUUUUGACAAUCCAGAGCGUAUAGAAGUGACUGCAGAAGUGCAUAGAUGGUCGGCGAUGAAUGAUGAGACUGUUGAUAUUCUGAAUGUGGAAGCAGAACACUGUAUGCAUUGUGGAGCCGAUAAAAAUCGUCCUGAAAAUGUUGACAUUCUUGAUAUAGCUGCUGAGCAGAUGGCAUUAAGUGCCGAUACCAAGAAAUGUGUGCAAAAUGAUCUCGCUUGUGUUGGUUGUAAGACUAAGUGUGCAGAAAAUAAUAAGGGAUCUAAGUUUACUAGUGGUAAUAAUUUUGUAAUUGAAUCAACAGUGAAAGAAAACCAAAAUGUUGUAGAAGGUCUGGAUGAUAAGAAAGCUUUAAAGAAUAAACGUGACCGAAUUGAUAAACAGUCCUUGGAUUAUGUCAGUGAAAAGCAAGGAAAAUUGCAUGAAAAUCAUGCUAAAGUUGGAAACAAAAAGGAUACGAAACAAAAAAUUAGUGAAACAAGUUCACCAAGACCAAAAACUCCCAAAUCAAAGUUGCCAAAUGCCGAAGAAGUAAAUAAUGUCAGUGAUAAUUGUGAAAUAAUAAAAGCAUCAAGUCCCUCCAAAGGGUUGGGUGAAAGUCCUAAUAAAACUUAUAUUUCUCCUAGGACGAAAGGCCUAGAAACAGAACGAAACGCUUUCAAUGUGGCAAAAGUGAAUGCUCUUAAAAAAGAGCCAAAAGAGAAGGUAAGUGCAUUUGAUGGAUCUGGGUCAAAAGGGAAACAAAUUUUAACAAAUCAUGCUUUUAAAGAUGCCAUAAGCAACGGAGCCUUAGUGUUGACCAAAGGCCAUAAAGGUACAGGGUUAUUUACAUUUAAUAAAAGUAAACUGGAUAAUUUGCCAGUUGCAUCAAAGUCAAAACAAAAGCCUCCAAUUAAGGAGGACAAUCUUAAAGGCAAAGUUAAGCAAAUAGCGCAGGAUAAUGACGUUAAAAUGAAUGGUGAUACUCAACCUGUGAAUCCUAGAAGUGACCAAGUGAUUCAAGGAGCUAAUGGUGCUACCAGAGAAACUAAGGCUAAGGGAAUAUUGACAGGUCCCAUAAAUCCACCACUGAAAACGUUUCCAGAGUCAGAUCAACGGGAUAAAGCAAUGCAUGUACCAAUAUCUGAGGAAGGACAAGAGCGGAAAAAUGUUCUUCUGCCUCCAAGACGACGAUUGGGAUCUCAAGGGUCUGGGUCAACGAGUUCAAGGUCAACAAGUGCAAUUACGAGGUCAUCGGGUACAAGCCGUAAUGAUAACAGUGACAGUUUCACUACUCAGAACUCUGGCAACUUGAAAUUGGGAUUAAACAAUGAGAACUUUAAACCUCCACCAAAGGAAAAGAAUGCAGCAAAAUCAAAGCCGCCUCCCGAGCGUUCGGUAGGAAUGUUUGACUUCCUGGAAUGUGAUGACUUUGAUUCAGAAUACGAUGAUGUUUCUACCGACAAUCUGACGGACACUUACACAUGUACAGACAACGAUGAUGAUUUGACAGAAGUGUCUUCACUUCCGUGUUGAUUUGAACUUUACAGUAGGAUUUUACAGUUCAGUUAUGUAAUUCAAACAAUGUUUCCUAUAUUCAGUUAUUAUGAUUACCUGACACACCCUGUGUUCUAUAAUAAGUGCUAAAUGUGCCUUUAAAUGUGCACAUAAAUAUAACUACUGGUAGAAUAUAUUGUUGUUUUUAAAUGUUAAACUUUCUUGUUAUAUGCUCACCUUAGCAAAGCGUGCUCAUGUUGAGCUAUUUGGCAUACCAUUUUGCCCGUCAACCGUCUCUCUGUGCAUAUGUCGAAGAAAUUUUUCUUUGACGUAUUCAAAUUAUGGGUAGAAUAUGACACAAAUUCACAGACAUUUUCCUUAGGUGGUCUUCUAUAAAUUUGUUCAAAUUAUUUAGGAUUGUUGAUAAAUAAGGUCACUGGCCCCUAAAAUAACAUGAAAAUGAAAAUCUAAAAGCACACGACCCCAUGAGUUAAAUAUUUGGUAUGUAGCAUUCUAUUAUUGUCAUUACGCAGUUGUUUCAAGUGAUGCCACUGGGAUCAAAACCGUCUGCGCACCACGUUUACUUAGAACUUAUGAAGGGAAUUGCUUUUAAAAUGUUUUCUGUAACUGCAAAGCCAAAGGCUUUCAUUAUUGGUUUAAAGCAUAAUAGUUUGUUCAAAUGAUUCCCCAGGGGUCUUGUCAUGUGCACCAGUUUUACAUAGCCUUAUAUGUGGAAAAGUAUAUACAAUAAAAAUCUCAUUGUCUAAAGUCAUUAAGCCCAUUGCUUUCAUCAUUGGUAUUUGGCUACAGGCAUCAUCCAGAGGACCUCUACAAAGUUUCUCAAAUUAUGAUAUACAUUGUAUUUAUGGUAUAAACCCUGUGGUCGUCAGUUUUACAUAUACUUAUGUAGGGAAUGCCUUUUCAAUCUUCUGGUCAUAAGUCACAAAUGACAUGGUUUUAUAUUUGGUAUGUAGCAUCCUCUAGAGGGUCUCUACAAAAAUUGGUUAAGUUAUGCAUCAAAGGUAAAAACUGGCCCCGCCAAGGGGGUCUCCAGUUUGACACCAGGAAAAGCUUUAAAACUCUUCUUGAAUAAAAUCCUGAAGCCAUGGCUGUCAUAUUUGGCAUGUGGUAUCAUCUUGAGGUCCUCUGCGAAGUUUUUUCAAAUUAUGCGCCUGGGGUCAACAGUGGCCUCGCUCUUGUGUCAUCAGUUUUACUUUGACUUAUCUUUGAAAAAAUCUAGAGGCCCUUAACACAAUUCACUAAAAUAAUUCCCCAAAUUUAUAGUAUGAACAUAGAGGAAUAUUUUAUAACUCUAAACCAAUAAGGCCCAGAGCUUUGAUCUUUAGUGCAAAAGAUCAGUUAGUAGUCCUUUACAAAGCUUGUAUUAAUCAUGCCUUAGGAAUCAAAACAGGCUACGCCUUAUGAGGAACAUGAUAAUAUAAAGACUGCAGCGGCAAAAUAAAUUUAAAAAUCUCUAAAUGAAAACGGUUCAGUAGUGUAAAUAUUAGUAGGUAACAUCUUAUAUCGGUCCUAUGUUAAGUUUGUUCAAGUCAUGCCUCUGUAGUUAUAGUUGCCCCAAAAUCUGGGUCUGGAUUUAACUACCAAUUUUUAGACUUAAGGCAAACACUGAUAAACCUGUGAAUGAUGCCGCAUACCAAUUUUGGAAGCUCUGUGCUUCAUUGAUUAAGACAAGGAGAUUUUUAACUUUUCAAGCUAACAUUUAAAUUUGACAUAUAAUUAAAUAGCUCUCAUUACACAAUUAGAUAAGGACACUUUAUUUAGGACAUACGCUACGUGUGUAGCUUGUAUAAUUGCAAACGCUCUACACAUGUUUCUUUGUUCUACGUCUAUUCUUUUUUCUUAUGUCUUUAAUAGUGUUGAUGAAUACGAUGGUUCUGUAUAGCUCUUUUUUACAGUUUUUCAGGUGAGCUUUCAAGAAUCUGAUUGUUAAUUUAUUUUCAGUUGCGGCAUUUUUAUGUCCCCCACUAUAGUAGUGGGGGACAUAUUGUUUUUGCCCUGUCUGUUGGUCUGUCUGUUGGUCUGUCUGUUUGCGCCAACUUUAACAUUUUGCAAUAACUUUUGCUAUAUUGAAGAUAGCAGCUUCAUAUUUGGCAUGCAUGUGUAUCUCAUGAAGCUGCACAUUUUGAGUGGUGAAAGGUCAAGGUCAUCCUUCAAGGUCAGAGGUCAAAUAUAUGUGGCCAAAAUCGCUCAUUUUAUGAAUACUUUUGCAAUAUUGAAGAUAGCAACUUGAUAUUUGGCAUGCAUGUGUAUCUCAUGGAGCUGCACAUUUUGAGUGGUGAAAGGUCAAGGUCAUCCUUCAGGGUCAGAGGUUAAAUAUAUGUGGCCCAAAUCGCUUAUUUUAUAAAUACUUUUGCAAUAUUGAAGAUAGCAACUUGAUAUUUGGCAUGCAUGUGCAUCUCAUGGAGCUGCACAUUUUGAGUGGUGAAAGGUCAAGGUCAUCCUUCAAGGUAAGAGGUCAUAUAUAUGUGGCCCAAAUCGCUUAUUUUAUGAAUACUUUUGAACUAUUGAAGAUAGCAACUUGAUAUUUGGCAUGCACAUUUGGAGUGGUGAAAGGUCAAGGUCAUCCUUCACAAGGUCAAGGUCAUCCUACAAGGUCAAACAUCAUAUAGGGGGACAUUGUGUUUCACAAACACAUCUUGUUUUAGAGAUAGUUUAAUUUUCUCUGAUAUGACAUCAAUAAAAAAAGUAUUUGAAA